CCGGUCCGAGCCCAGAAAAGGAGACCGAAUUUUUUUCGGUCCGGUCCGGUCUUUAUCCGGGCCGACCGAGCGGACCGCAGGCGGCAAGGCCCAUCAAGUGUACAGAACUACAGAUCUAGCCAUCGAGAGGCCCACCCCGAGCCGAGCGACCCCCUCCCCUCGUUCCAUUCCGCCCUGGCUCGAUUCCUUCUGCGUUCUGCCCCCUCCAGCGCCUCCUCCUCUGUUCCUCUAUCCCUAACCCUAACCCAGGCGACGGCGCCGUUGCCCGCGGCUCUCCCUUCACCGACGGCGCCAUCUGGUCCGAGUCCGAGCUGGAGGAGCACGUGUACGUCGGGGAGGCAGCAAGGCCAGCACGCCGUCGGUCCGUCCUUCCCUGGUUCCUCACGGAGCGCCACAAAGAGGAAAAGAUAAUGGUGAAGGAGAAGGGGAAUGAGAAGGGAAAGGGUGCUGUUUUUUGUAGAUAUUAUGUGCUGUUUUUUGGACAGCCUAAACUGUGGCAAAAAAGAUCAACAUGGCACUCCCAGGAUAACCCACGGUCUAAAUAGUGGCCAAAAAGCUGAAUAGAGCAGCUACAGGGCAGCUACAGUCUAAACAAUGACACUACAGGGCAGCUACAGUCUACAAACCACACAGCAGCCUAAACAGUGGUCAGCAGAGCACUCCCAGCCAUCGGUCCCAUACGGUCCAUUCGGGCUGACCGAGCUUUUGCUGCUUCGGUCCGGUCCUAUAAAACAGGCUCGCUGGCCACCUCGGUCCGGUCCGGACCGGACCGGCCGCGGCCGGUCCAAAGGCUGGCUCGGUCAAAGCCCGGACCGGACCGGACCGCGUCCACCCUGAGCCUCGGGCCAGAUAGGGAGGGAGGCUCUCGCCUCAAAAUAGCAAACUGGGAACUGACGGCGAGAGACAGUGCGAGAUGUGCGCAGCAGGGAGUGGGCACCCGCUUGCAUGCUCCACGAACGCCGAGACAAGGGGAAGGAGGAGAAAAACAACCGCCGGCCGGCAACCAGGCUUGGACGACCGACCGAGCGAGUAGUUAGCUAGCCUAGGUAUAGCACUGGCACCCCGGCCGGCAGGCAGCCAUACAUGGCCGCCACCGUGGCCGCGCGGUGGUGGGAGGACGCGGCGAUCUCGGUGGGGAUGGUUGCCGUGCAGCUUGCCGGCGCGGCGUACAUGGUGGUGCUGACGCCGAUCCUGGCGCUGGGCCUGGACCCGCUCUUCCUGGUGACUUUCGGCAGCCUCUCCACGGGGAUCCUCACCCUCCCUUUCGCCCUCAACCUCGACAGGAACAAAUGGCCAUCGGAGCUGAGCAAUAGGUUGAUCCUUGAGUUGGUGGUGCUGUCUCUGGGAGGGGUGACUGUGUUCCAAGCCCUCAUGCUGGAUGGCAUGAAGAAGACAUCCCCCGCCAUCGCCUCCGCGAUGCUGAACCUGGCCCCGGGAUUCAUCUUCGUUGUCGCGGGCUGCCUCCGGUUUGAGAGGGUUGAUCUCAAGUGCCGGUACACAAGAGCCAAGAUAGUGGGGACUCUUCUGUGCCUGGGGGGAGCCAUCACCAUGAGCAUCCUGCAGAGCCCUGCCACUCCACCGGGCCGAAGAUCGCCAGACCUAGCAGCCUGGGUCGUCGGUUGCCUGUGCCUCCUGGGUGCGGUGCUCGUGCUCUCGGGCACGAUAAUCCUGCAGGCAGCAACCCUGAUCCGUUUCCCGGCACCUUUUACCCUCUGCGCCAUGACCUCACUCAUCGGCGCCUUGCUGACAGGGAUGUUCCAGGUGUUUACCACAGGGAGGCUCGGCCCUGGGACGCCCCAGAUCAGCACCGGAAUAAUCCUCUCCCUUGUGUUUGUGGGUAGUCUGGUGAGCUCCGUGUCCAUCAUGUACCAGACGUGGGUGCUAGAGAAGAAGGGGCCUGUGCUCGUCUCACUGUUUAGCCCCACGCAGACCGUGGGUUCCGCAAUCUUCUCCGCCCUCUUCUUGGGGCGGGUGGUGCAACCAGCAAGCAUACUAGGGAUGGUAUUUCUUUUCUCCGGCCUUUAUGCAGUUCUGUGGGCAAAGAAGAAAGAAGGCCAUGUUCUUCCUCCUGCAGACAGGGUCGUGGCAGACGAUAUAGAGAAACCACUCUUGCUUCCACGCUAGCUUUUGUUUUAAUAUCUAGAGACAGGGUUCAUACAGCAAAAAUCAAAGAUCGUAUAGUUCUCCU